CACCAUUGGAUUAAACAAAUGCUUGACAACAGCAAAACCAAGUUAUUUCCCUCCACAAGUUCAUUGAGAUGUAGACAUCAGCUUCUUUCUCCCUUUUUGAAUUUUCUCAUGUUUCCCCUCUACCAAUUCCACAUUAUUUAUACCACAUUCAGGUGGAACUGUCAGUGCAAAAAAAUGGGAGAUAGACUACGCCUAGUGGUUGGAGUAAUAGGGAAUGCAGCUUCUGUUCUACUUUAUACUGCACCAAUAUUAACUUUUUCAAGGGUCAUAAAAAAGAAAAGCACAGGGGAGUUCUCAUGUGUUCCAUACAUCAUUGCACUAUUAAAUUGUUUCCUUUAUACUUGGUAUGGAUUACCUGUUGUAAGCUACAGGUGGGAAAAUUUCCCUGUGGUCACCAUUAAUGGGUUAGGCAUGCUUCUUGAGCUCUGCUUCAUUCUCAUAUAUUUUUGGUUUGCUUCAGCAAAAGAAAAGAGGAAGGUUGCUAUGUUAACAGUCUCUGCCGUCGUUGUAUUCUGCAUUACUGCAAUAACAUCAGCUUUUGCAUUCCAUGAUCACUGCCAUCGCAAGGUACUCGUUGGGAGUGUUGGACUGGUAGCCUCUAUAGCAAUGUACGGUUCUCCUCUUGUGGUUGUGAAGCAAGUAAUAAAAACAAAGAGCGUGGAAUUCAUGCCAUUCUACUUGUCAUUUUUCUCAUUCCUGGCAAGUUCCCUAUGGAUGGCCUACGGACUACUGAGCCACGAUCUUUUUCUUGCAUCUCCUAAUCUUGUUGGUAGUCCAUUAGGCAUCAUCCAGCUUGUGCUAUAUUGCAAGUACUGGAAAAAGGGAAUUAUGCGAGAACCACACAACUGGGACAUAGAGAAGGAUGAUGACAAAACCAAGCAGCAGUUGCAGCUUACUGUUACUGAAGAUACCAAUGGCAAGAUUUGAAGAAUUUGUUUACAGUCUGCCAGGAUACCUCUCUUCUAUUGUUGUACUCAACAAGAAGGGGUGCUGGAUUCACUAGAAAUAAAUAAACGGGCACUAAUGCAAUCAUACAGCCAAUUUACCACA